UAUAUGCAUGGCUUGACUGAGCUGAAGCUGGGUCUCGUCCGCUGGUUUCGGUUGACAAUCUUUCUCGUGUUUGGGCUGAUGUAGAGGAUGCGCUGCGGAGACCAAUUUUGUGGCAGCGGUAGCAGAUGAUACGAAGAAGGGCAGCCACAGCAUGCCAACGUGCGCAUGUCGGGUCUAGAAUCACAGAUUUCUUCGAACGCAUACCAGAAAGGUUGCCCUGAUGUCCCGAGGCUUCGAGUCCGCGAUUCCACGCUUGGUCUCGGAACCACUUGCUUGCCUGGCUUGCUUCUGGAGUCCACCCUCCUGUCAGAGAAUCUACGAGGGUGGCUGCUACGUCCAUCUUGCAAAAUCUCCUCGCAGCUUGAAAAGUGGUAAAUGAUUCGAGGUCUUUAUUGCUCAGAAGCAGGCGCAAUACGACUGCUGAAAAGUAUCUUUCGGCCGCCAGACUUUUUAUCUGAUCGAGUGAGAUUUUGCAGCAAAUGUAUGUGUGAAACUGUUUGCUCCUUGCGAGCUGGACAUCUAUCUUCUAAUGUAGUGACUUCUGAUAUCUGAGAUGGCACGCAUCCAAACUCGGUCUUCACUCCUCUCUUCGGCGAGUUCAAGGACUACAAUUAGGUUCAUACUCGUAGCGGUUGGAAAAACCUUAGCUUCACCAUGGGGAGGAACAAAUCGUACUCCCAUAUCCUGCAUUUCAUUGUGGUUCACUUUGAUUUGUCUUCCUUGAUCAUGAACCCGAAAGAGUGACAGAUUCUGGAGCCGUUCGCUGUAAGAAUUUAAGAAUCAUUAUUAUGCUCAGCAGAAUCUCGGAGUCUGACAGUAUGAAGGAAAGUACUUACUUCGAAGACCAUGAAAGCUCAAACGACUUGGCUUCAACUUCAUCAUCGUGUCAGUCACAUAUUCCAGCCAUAUCCAGAUAGCCAGAAAUAAGCAAUAAUUGUACUUCUCAAGUAGACAGGAUCUCCUUUGUCUGCUCCGUUCUUUCUUCUAUGUGCGGGUCACCCAAGCCAGUCUGCCAUGUUUUACACAAAGUCCCGGUAAUGCUUCUGAUCAGGAAACAUGGAGCUUUCGAUUGUGGAACCCAAGUGUUGGUGAUAGACACGAGUCCGAUUGGCUUUCGAGUUUUCCUCGCAAGUCCAGCCUCGCUCUCACUUCCGGCAUCUCGGGGUUCAAAUCGUCGACUACUGACGAGCGUCACAAUACAUGAGACUUGUUGUGAAUGGAUCCGCUGAAUAGACUGACGAGGCUGCAGGCGACUGCUGCGUGUUGCUGGGUGUACUGCGGAACUCCCUGGCAGCAAGCAGGACCUGCGACACGAGGAGGGGAGGGGAGGGGAGGGGGAUGCAUCUUCCAGACCACGUUCUCGAUCUCGUUCGCACAUCGCUCAUGACCUCAUCAAAAACGUCGAAGCUCUGGAGGCAUAGCUGCCAGAGAUCGAGGACUUCACCGACUACCGCAGCGAAUGUUCAAGUAGCGGGAGGCUUUCAUCCGCAAUCCGACCUUGAAUCCCAGUCAGGACAAGGUUGAAUCCUGCUCUCCAAGACUAGGGGGCCUAGUCUCCAAGACUGGACCGGACCGACGUGGUGCUCAUGUCCUGGUCUGGCUGAUAGUUCCUGAGACCGAUUGGCAGGAAUGCAAGAAGUAACUUCAUCCUUUCAUAGACACGAAGGGCUUUUACCUUUUUUUUCCUGAAAUACAUAAACAACACAUAUUGUGGACAAGAGAAAUAACAUUUAAAUAUUACCAGGAAAAAUUACAAAUUGCCAGACAAUUG